UUUUCGCGCUGCUGAGGCGGAGGCCGGGCUGGGCCGAGCGAGGGUCCCGGCUGCCCAGCCAGCUUCGGAGCCAUGGCCAUGGCGGCGGCAGGAGGGGCGUCUGCGGGCGGGGCGGCCUCGCUGCUGGGCUCGGGGCCCUCGGGGCCGGCGGGCGCGGGGAUGGCGGCUCCCCCGGCGGCAGCGGCGGCGGCGGGUCCCUGCGGGGCGGUCCCGGUGCCCAUGAACCUCUUCGCCACCUGGGAGAUCGACCGCUCCGCGCCCAGCUGCGUGCCCAGGCUGUGCAGUCUGCGCCUGAAAAAGCUGACCGUGUUGAGGGAACUGGACAAAGAGCUCAGCUCCGUCCUCAUCGCCGUCAAGAUUCAGGGUUCAAAGAGAGUCCUGAGAUCCAAUGAAUAUGUUCUACCCCCGGGAGGCUUGAUGGAAACCGACCUGGAACUGACCUUUUCAUUGCAGUACCCACACUUCCUGAAAAGAGAUGGCAACAAGCUUCAAAUCAUGCUCCAGCGCAGAAAAAGAUACAAGAACCGCACAAUUUUGGGCUACAAAACUCUGGCCGUGGGCAUUAUUAACAUGGCUGAGGUCAUGCAGCAUCCAACCGAUGGAGGGCAGCUUUUGGGCUUGCACAGCAACAUAAAGGAUGUGAGCAUCCGGGUGGCCGAAAUCAGCAUCUAUUCCCUCUCCAGCCAGCCCAUUGACCAUGAAGAUGGGAAUGUCCCCUCUGGUCCUAAAAUUAAAGCUUCUGACCGCUCUCCAGAUAUUGAUAAUUAUUCAGAAGAAGAGGAUGACAGUUUCUCUUCUGAGCAGGAAGCCAGUGAUGAUGCAGUCCAAGGCCAGGAUUUAUAUGAUGAAGAAGACGAAGUGCGGAAGCCGAAGAAAGCCAGGCGGAAAAUGAUCAGAACCACCUCGAUGACAAGACAACCAAACUUCAAGCAGAAAUUCGUUGCCUUGCUGAAGAGGUUCAAAGUGACUGAUGAGGUUUUGGAUUCUGACCCAGUGGAUCAGACUCAGGAGGUGGAGGAAGACCUGGGCCUGCUUUAUGAUAGCCUUGAGGAAUGCAACAACAGUGACAGUGGUCCAGAAAUAGAGGAUAACGAAAGUGUCCACAGCACUCCUAAGCCCACUUUGAGGCGCUUUUUUGAGGGUGUCUCUCACUCUGGUUCCCAGACUGAGAUCAGCAGUCUGCACGGCCAAAAAGGGCAGGAGCGAGAGUCGGGCAGCCCUGGAGAAGCGGAGAAACGAAAAGUGGGUGCCCCUCGUACCCAAGAUGAGACUGCCAUGGAAACCGCAGCCGUGGACUUGGAGGCCGAGGAGUCCUGUCCUGGAGGGCCAGCAGAGACGGUCCUGAAAGAAAGCAGUGUGGACAGACUAGCCCAGCUGAGCAACAUCAACAAGCCUGAGUUCCCAGCUACUGUUUCUCCCAGCAAAGCUGAGAACAAGCAGCUGUGGCGACCUCGCAGCAUGUCAGUCAAGGACAGGCAGAACUCCAAGGGUCACAGUGACCGAACAGGCAGCCUGGACAGCGAGAGCUCACCAGACUCCCGGCAGAACACCCAGGUGCCUCGGAAGUCUGUGUAUGACCAACUCAACCAGAUCCUGGUCUCAGAUGAACAGCUGCCAGAGAGCAUCAUUCUGGUGAACAUCACUGAGUGGCAAGGCCAGUAUCUGUGUGACCAGCUCCAAGAUCACAAGCAGCCCAUUGUCUCCACCUGCUCCAUGGCGGAUGUCCAGGCUGCCUUCAACACGAUUGUUGCUCGUAUUCAGAGAUACUGUAAUUGCAAUUCCCACAUGCCUCCCCCAGUGAAAGUGGCCGUGGCAGGGGAUCAGAGCUACCUGAGCAUCGUCCUGCGCUUCUUUGUGGAGCAGCUGGCCAGCAAGACUCCAGACUGGCUCAACUACCUCCGUUUUCUCGUGGUGCCCUUGGGCUCUCACCCCCUGGCCAAGUACCUUGGUUCUGUGGAUAACAGGUACAGCACCUUGUUCCUCGAUGCAGCUUGGAGAGAACUCUUUAGCAAACUUGAACCCCCAAAUUCAGAUGCUGUGGACGUCCCUGGUCGGAUCACCCAGUUCAUCUCGGGCGCCAACAUAUCCCAUCAGCUGCCCAUUUCUGAGGCCAUGUUAACCUACAAACAGAAGAGUUCGGUUAUGUGGGGUACUUCAGGCCCUUCUGUUCUCUGCUUGCCCCUGCAGCCAACGGGGAUGGUUACACAGUACGUAUGGCUGGCUUGCUGCACUCGUGGGGGAGCUUCUUGGGAAUUUGGGGUGCCAAGGGGAGCGGGAAAGCUCAUUUUGCUUUGGGGCUGGAAUUCUUCCUGGGUUGAAUGCAACCAUGGGCAUGCAUGGUGGUGCUUUCUAGACACCUCGACGCAGGCAUGGUGGCACGUUCGUACCCUGAAAGCAGGAGCUCCCCUCCGGAUUCAUUUCAGAGCAUGGGUUCAAAGGGCAGCAAAACAGGUGCCAGGAUAUUCACAGGACCACUGCCUUCACAUUGUCAUUUCAUUUGACGCACCACUGAAGUUUAGUGGUCUGUUUUAGCAAAAUGUGAGCAGUCAAAAAUCAUGCAGCAGAGAUACGCAAUGAGUAAAUUGAGAUCCUGUCACUUGGACUGGGGUCCUUAGAGCACCACGAUUCCAUUUUAACUGCCUUGGUAACAUCCUGUGUGGAAUCCCAGGAUUUGCAAUUUAGGGAGAGAGAGGUGUUUAGAAUUCUCAGGCAAAGAGUUCUAGUGCCUCACCAAACUACAAAUCCCAGGAUUCCAUUGGAGAACAAUGGUACUUUAAGCUGGAAUAGGGCUGUAAGUGUAUAGUGUUGGGAUUUCUGGGACCCCAACCCAGACAAGAUGGAAACCAUCUGCUUGCUUUUAGGGAAGAGUGAAGAGUGACCAGCUCAAGCCUGACCUCUGUUCCCAGGAUGCUUGCACUUCAUGCCUUGCUUAUUAGUUACAUUUAUAACCCGCUCUUCCUCCAGUGAGCUCAAGGUGGAGUACAUGACUCCAUUUCCCCCAGUACAUUUUCACAACAACCCUGUGAUGUAGGUCAGAUUGCAAGAGGCAAAGAGAGCAACUAGUCCAGAGUCACCAGGGAGUUUCAUAGAUCUGUGGGGUCUGGAACACGGACCCCCUCACACUGAUCAUUAGACUACACUGUCCGCAACUCAUUGCCUUACUUUCCCCUGUGCUAGCUUGAUCCAAUGAGCCAUUGCUGGGGCAGCCAACACCAGCAAUUGUUUAUAGCCUUGUGAUGGGAAAAGAAGGGGUCCAGGAUUAUGGGUCAUGGAGAGGGUCUGUUGACUCAUUGGACCAGGCACUUGGCAGCUGAGGAGGAGGAAAUGAGCAGAAUUUGACUGGAGAUGAGAAGUCACCUUUAGUUGAACAACCUCAGAUUGUAAACCAAGCAGAGUUCUCCAGGGAGAUCUUAAGUUAUGAAGGGAGUAAAUCCUUAGUUGGUGUGUCAUUCAGUUGCUAUCCAAAUUGUAAAAUACCCCAAGGAAUGUUUUGGGGGCUACCAAAGCACAAAGGUUGUGAGCAUUGUGCUCAUUAUGUACAUGGUCACCAAAGACUGUGCAGCACAGUCAUCUUGAGGAAGCCAAAUGUCUUUAGCCAGCCUGUAGCAUUCAGCUCUGGGAAGAUCUGAAUUUCAAGCCAGGGUCACUUGAGCCCAGUUUACUGAGGAUGUGUUUGGUGAGUCAAUGCUGUGUAAUGGAAGAAGCACACUAAACCAGCCAUGUGAUCCAAGACAGUAACAAGAAGCCAGGAUAUGAGGAAUUUUAAAAGUAUGCACAGAUACAACUAAUUCCAACCAGAGCUGCCACACUAAAUCCAGUCACUAAAUUCCAGCUAGAUUAGACCCAUUGAAUUGGUUGACUUACCAUUUAAUAAUUAUUUUAAUGGGGUAGCUCUGGUUGGAAUUAUCAAUUGGGUGUAGUCCAUUGUCAUUAAGGCCAAUAAUAUAGUUGCAUCCAAUCUUCUCUCACUAAGACUCCAACACUAAAAGUCACCUGAAUUUGGACUUGAAUUUUCACUUUCCCUUCCUUCUCUGUACUCCCUGAAAUACAUAUAGACCUUUUCUUAAAAACAGUGAACAGUAGUGCAGAUGCAGAGUUUCUAGAGACUUUUUUAUUAUUUCUCUGGCAACUGGCCUCCGCAUUCCUGGCAGAAUUGGCUUGGGGAUUCUGGAAGUGGGAAGUCUAAAAAAGGAACUUGUCCAAGCUCUGAUCCUGGAAUGCCCUGGAAAGUGGAAGAGAUCCAGGGCAUGCAUUUAGGGGCUCUGUUGGGGUGCAAAGGAUGCCUUGAAAGUGGAAAAGCUGAUAGCCACUUCACCUGCUCCACUCUCAGCCUGUUGAUCCUUGGCAUUGAAUAGAAAGGAUUUUGUGCAUUGUUGCUACAUGUGGGAAGAAAGGCCCCAGAGCCUGCCAAGGUACUGGCAUAGUAUAAUGUGAAAACAAAACAGGAAGGCGGCAGUGCCAGGUGUUGGCAUAGUUGCUAACCAACUGUGUGCUAUUCUUCAGCAAAAGGGCCUUCUGCCAGGGAUGCAGAAGUGACAAAACAAUGGAAGAAGGUGCUUUUUAGAAGCAUUUCAAUUAAAUCAGUUUAGGCACUACAAUAAGCUGGAGCAAUUUUCUACAAACACCAAAACACUCACAGACAACCCACUCUUUAAGAGGUUUUAUCUCCUGUUAUGUGUUCUCAGUCCCAAACUCAAGUCAGUUUGGUUCACAGUCCUCUCUUUCUUCCCACAAUCUGCCAUCAUAGUUGUCUUACCAUUUAGGCAACUACAACAACCUUCAUUGGUGGACAUUAUAUCAACCUUGAAGAUAUAAAAAUGAAUUCUAGCUUUUGGUUGUCUGAUGGGCUCUGGGGCACAUUUAUUUAUUUAUUUACAGCAUUUAUAUUCCGCCCUUCUCACCCCGAAGGGGACUCAGGGCGGAUCACAUUACACAUAUAGGCAAACAUUCAAUGCCUUUUAACAUAGAACAAAGACAAGACAAACAUAGGCUCCGAGCGGGCCUCGAACUCAUGACCUCCUGGUCAGAGUGAUUCAUUGCAGCUGGUUGCAGCUGGCUUGCUCUCCAGCCUGUGUCACAGCCUAUACCAUGCCUAUACCAUGCUAACUGAAUUCUGGGGGGAAGGAUGAUCCCAUUGCAAGAAUCAUGUCAUCCCAAGCCAGGCAUGCCUGCAGCCCCUCUUCUUCUCCCAUGUUGGUGAAAGGAUACAGAACAUGGAAGUGUGACGUCAUCCCCAGAAUCCUCCACUUGGCACAACCAGUGGCCAUUAUGGAUGGAAAAUUCUGAGGGUUCAGUCCCCCAAAAGUAUGGCUUCCAAAGUUGGGCAAAAGAGGAGUGUUGGUGGCCCCAGCUGCGUUGAGUGAGGUGGCCGUGUCUUGACCACUUAUGUUCCAGCAGUGCUUAUGCCUCUCCCUCUUCUUGGUUUUUGUUUUUGUGUUGGGCA